AUGGGUUAUAACAUGUACGGACUUUUAAACGAGGAACUUGACCUAAACCUGCAUGAGAAAUAUUUUCUAAACACGAUAACUGAAAAAUUAGGAAAAACAUAUAAUGAGAGUAGAUCAUCUAACAAAUACGAGUCCCUGUUUCUGAGUGGUGUUUUUUGGGUACUUAGCGGCCUUUCAAUAAUAAACAAAGAUAGAAGAAAUUUGAACGAAGUAUUAGAUAACAACAUAAUAGAGUUAAUAUACAUAUUAGUUAUGCAAUGUUUGGAAAAAAAAAAAAUUAAGGAAAAAUAUAUUUACAAUUUAAAAAAAGAAAAGUAUCUUUUAUCAAAUGAAGAUGUUCAUAAUAUAAUUAAUACAUCUAAAUAUGAUAACAAUUUUGAUAAAAAAAGUUAUACAAAAAGAAAAAAAUUGGAACGCACAAGAAUUAUCCAUGAUUCUACGGAAAAAAAUUGUUCUGAGAAAGUAAAAAAUAUUAAUAAUAUUGAUAUAGAUAGUGAAGAAAAUAGCAGCAAAAUGAGAGAACCUAAACACUCUAAGUUGAUCAAUGACGGUGAAGAAACAACGUCUAAAAAAAGACCCUUUAGCAAAAUUAAUGUAAAAUUAAAUAAAUCAAUGAAUAACUUGUCUUGUUCAGAAAAAAAAAAAAAAAAAAAAAAAUUUAUCGUAAGAGGCUUUAGUCCUUGCAAUAAAAAAUUCCUAUACGAAGCAAAUGUAAUAUCCACAUUAAGUGCUAUUCAGAUUUUGUUUCUAUUAAAUAAAACCAGUGAAGAUGACAUAAGUACGAAAAUUUUGUUAGAGAUAUAUAAUUUUAUAUAUUUUAUUUUCGAUGCUGACAGAGGAUUUUUUUAUUUUUCUUUGAAUAGUUUACGAUAUCGUUUUGAUGGUGAUAUGCGUUUCAUGUUUUGUUCAUUAGCUAUUUUAUAUUUUAUAAAACUUUUAUUGAAGAAAAGGAAUAUAAAUAUACAUAUAUACAAAUAUAAGGAGAAAUGUACACAAUGGAUUUCAAGCUGUUUUAACAUAGAUGGAGGGUUUUCAAGCCUUCCAGGGUCAGAAUCUCAUGCAGGAACGACAUUUUGUGCAAUUAGUUCUUUAAACUUGUUGAAGGGAAAAAGUUAUGAAAAUUAUUUUUUAGAGAACAGACUAUUAAAAAGGAGAUUAAUUAGAUGGCUAUGUGAUAGAUAUGAAAAUUUUGGCAUUAAUGGAAGAGUAGGAAAAGAUCAUGAUGUUUGUUAUGCAUGGUGGGUUUUGGGUAGUUUAGUUUCUUUGAAAACUAAUUUAAGUGAACUAUUUAAUGUGAAUAUUUUAAUAAAUUUUAUUUUGAAAUGUCAGGAUAGAAAUAAUGGUGGAUUUUCAAGAGUAGAACAAAAUGAAAAUAAUUUUAAGAAAGAAAAUUUUAAUUAUUACCAAGAGGAACAAUUAACAUACAAAGAAACGGACCCAUUCCACACCUUCUUUUCCUUAUGCGCCUUAUCACUUAUAUAUUAUAAUGUUAAUUAUUACAAGAAGAAAGCAAAGCGAAAAUGUGUACUCUAUGAUAAUGCAGUGUUUCCUCAAUAUUUCGAACACGUUCUGCGAAGGCUAAAACACAUACACGAAUCUUUUGCAAUGCCCAUAGAUAUGAUAAAGAGUCCCCUUUAA